AUGAUUUAAUCAAAUUAUGUUCCACAUAAAUAAUAAUAUAAUAUUAUUAUCGCCCAUCGGUAUUCAAAACUGUUAUUUGAAAAUAUUAAAUGAUCUUGGAAUCAGAACAGUAAUGUUUAGUAUUACUCAAAGAAGAGAAAUAAUCAACGCCUGCAUUUUAAGGAUGGUAUAGUUAUAUCGAUUUGAUCAAUUGAUAGAAAAAUGCAUUGGAUAUUCGUAAUUCUACCAUAAUCAUACUACAAAAUGAGUACUUUACACAAAAAUUGUCUUGCACAGCCUGGACGUAAAAAAGUUCAAAUUUCAUUUGUUAUACGUGAUGAAGAAGAACGUAGGCAUAGAGCUGGUGUCAAUUCCUUACAAUUGGAUUCUAAACAAGGAAUAUUAUAUUCAGCCGGUCGAGAUGGCAUAAUACGGCAAUGGGAUGUCCGAGAUAAUGUUGAAGCCACAUAUUUACGGUCUUUAGAACAUCACACUGAUUGGGUUAAUGAUAUUGUACUAUGUUGCGGUGGAAAUUAUUUGAUUUCUGCAAGUUCAGAUACCACUGUUAAAUUAUGGGGACUUCGGAAAGAAAAUACUUGUUUAUCAACCUUGCGAACACAUAAAGAUUAUGUUCGGGCUUUAGCAUACGCUCGUGAUAAAGAAGUGGUCGCAUCAGCUGGGUUAGAUAAAACAAUAUUCAUGUGGGAUGUUAAUAUGUUGACUACUUUAACUACUACUAAUAAUACUGUAACAACGGCUUCCCUGCCUGGUAGCAAAAACUCUAUUUACAGUUUGGCAAUGAACAAUAGUGGUACAGUUUUAAUUAGUGGAAGCACAGAAAAAGUUUUACGAGUAUGGGACACAAGGACAAGUGACUGUAUGAUGAAAUUGAUAGGUCACACAGACAACGUUAAAGCUUUGGUUGUAAAUCGUGAUGGUACACAAUGCCUAUCGGGUAGCUCUGAUGGAACUAUUAAACUAUGGUCUCUAGGACAACAACAAUGUAUUCAAACUCUAAGAAUUCAUAAAGAAGGAGUUUGGGCAUUAGCAGCAACUGAAAACUUUUCCCAUGUCGUAUCUGGUGGUCGUGAUAAAAAAAUUUAUAUGACAGAUUUAAAAAAUCCUAAUAGAGUUCAACUUAUAUGCAAUGAGACAGCUCCAGUUGUAAAAAUGGUUACAACACCUGAUAUGAGUGCUAUUUGGGUAGCCACAUCCGAAUCCUCUAUUAAUUGCUGGAAAUUAAGAAAAAGUGAUGAAACAGCUGAUUUUGAAGAUGUCCCAACAGUACCAUAUAAUCAAGAACCAUUUAGGACUCUUAAAGGAGCUGCUGCUAUACGAAAAUACCAUGUACUGAAUGAUAAACGAACUAUACUGACACAGGACACAGAAAAGAAUGUUGCAGUUUAUGAUGUACUUAAGGCUUCUAAACUUCAAGAUUUAGGGGAAGUCGAUUUUGAUGAAGAAAUAAAAAAACGACAUCGUAUAAUAUUUAUACCAAACUGGUUUAGUGUUGAUUUGAAAACAGGGAUGCUAACGAUUCACUUGGGACAAGAUGAAAACGAUUGUUUUGCAGCUUGGGUUUCUGCUAAGGAAGCAGGAAUUAAUGUCACGGAUGAUAACUUAAGAGUAAAUUAUGGCAAUCGGAUGUUGCGAUCACUAUUAGAAAAUUGGCUUAAUCGCAUUCAAACAGAUCAUGGGUCUUCUGAUGGAUCCCAGUCUACUGAAGUCAAUGCUCAGACAAAACUAGAUUCUCAGUGUUGUAGAAUUCCUAAACAUACACCACUUAUGAUAAGUGAAGUUGGUGGUCGGUGUCUAUAUAGGAUGUUAGUCAGCCAGGCCGGAGAUGAAAAUGAUGUUUCAAUUUUAAACGAAACUAUCCCCGCGUGGGUUAUGAAUGUUAUCGUUGAAAAAAGUAUACCUAAAGCCCUUAAGAUAUCGUUUUAUCUUGUGCCACUAUCAAACACAUGCAUUAGGCCUGUAAAAAAUGGUACUCUUCGACCAAGUCGAGAUCGCUUAGUGGCAAAUGACUUUAUUCAAGUCCAAAAAAUAGCUGAGUAUAUCCAUGAAAAGUUGUCUGAAAAUGAUGGAAGUGGUCCAUAUAACAAAACAUCAGACUGCAUAAGCAAUCAUCUACAAGGAAAUACACCUGAGAAAAAUUUUGAACUAAGUUGUAAUGAUCAAAUACUUUCUCCUACAAUGGAUUUAAGGACUUUGAAACAUUUCAUUUGGAAAUCUUCAGCUGAUUUAACAAUAUACUUCAAGGCCAAACAUUAAAAAGUAAUAUUUUCUUCAUGAUUUAUUUAUUUAUUUAUUUUAAGUUAUUAUCUUCUUAUUCUUUAAUUACUUUUCUAUUAUAAUAAAAUUCAACCAAUUUUUAUAAAUUUAUUGAUAGAUUUUCCAUUAUCUGCAAAUAAAAAAAAUGUAUAUUAUAUUAUGAUGAUAUUAUUGUUAUAAGUUAUAAAAUGUAUUAACAUAAAAAUUAAAAAGUAUUAAUGUUAAAUUCAUAUCACACUCAGAAAAUAAAUGUAAUUUUAAUUAACCUG